AUGUGUCCCCGGGGCAGCCUGGCGCUGGCUCUGCUCUGUGCGGCGCUGGGCCGCGUGGCCGCCUACACGCCCUGGGACUUCUCGUGGGGCGAGGUGGCCGGCCACCGGUGGCGCGUGGACCCCCGCGCCGGGUCGCGCUCGGACGAGGCGCAGGUGCCGGCCGUCUCCRGCACGCGGCCCGUGGCCGUGCAGUGCCAGGAGGCGCAGAUGGUGGUCACCGUGCACCGGGACCUCUUCGGCACCGGGCGCCUCAUCAACGUGGCGGACCUGACGCUGGGCCCGGCCGCCUGCAAGCACAGCUCGCUCAACACCGCGCUCAACACCGUCACCUUCGCCGCCGGCCUCCACGAGUGCGGCAGCAUCGUGCAGGUAACUCCUGACUCCCUCAUCUACCGCACGCUCAUCAACUAUGACCCCAGCCCAGCCAGCAACCCAGUCAUCAUCCGGACCAAUCCUGCCGUGAUCCCCAUUGAGUGCAUCUAUCCCAGGAGGGAAAAUGUGAGCAGCAACGCCAUCAAGCCCACGUGGGCUCCCUUCAGCUCCACGCUGGCUGCAGAGGAGAGGCUGGUGUUCUCCCUGCGCCUCAUGAACGAGGACUGGACUGCRGAGAGGCCCUUCACCGGCUUCCAGCUGGGUGACAUCCUGAACAUCCAGGCRGAGGUCAGCACCGAGAACCAUGUGCCGUUGAGGCUCUUCGUGGACAGCUGCGUUGCUGCCCUGAGCCCAGASAGUGACUCCUCUCCUCACUACUCCAUUAUUGAUUUCAACGGAUGCCUGGUAGAUGGAAGGUCAGAUGACACCAGCUCUGCCUUCAUAACCCCCCGGCCCAGGGAGGACAUGAUUCGGUUCAGGAUCGACGUGUUCAGGUUUGCUGGGGACACAAGGAACUUGAUCUACAUCACCUGCCACCUGAAGGUCACCCCYGCUGACCAGGCCCCCGACCCCUUGAACAAGGCCUGUUCCUUCAACAAAGCCAGGAACAUCUGGGUGCCGGUGGAAGGCUCCAGGGACAUCUGCAGCUGCUGUGAGACUGGCGGCUGUGAGUCGGCGGCCCUGUCCAGGAGACUCAACCACCUGGACCGAUGGCCCAGCCGCCGCUUCCGGAGAGACGCRCCCGCUGCCGGCGGGCAAGAGGUGGAAGCUGACGUGGUCAUCGGGCCCGUGUUCCUCACUGCGGACUCGGGCGCAAUGGGCUCCUCAGGAGAGUGGAAGGAAGGAGGACGGGGUGCCGCRGCGGUGUCCGGCGCGCGCGAGGGGCUGCUCGCCGUGGCGGCAGCGGUGGCGCUGGCGCUCGUGGCCCUGGCCGCCGUGGUGGCGCGCAGGAGGUGCGGCCGCUCCUCCGCCGUGGCGUGA